CAGCAGCAACAACAGCGAGAGCAACAACAGCAGAAGCAGAAGUCGCAGCAACAUCAACAGCAGCAACAAAAGCAACAGCAGCAACAGCAGCAGCAACAACAGCAGAAGCAGAAGCAGCAACAACACCAGCAGCGACAGAAACAGCAGCAACAACAACAGCAGCAGCAACAACAGCAAAAGCAACAGCAGCAACAGCAGCAGCAACAACAGCAGAAGCAGAAGCAG